AUGGCCCCCUCCGGAUUGUCCCUUUUCACCCAGGUCAUCACCAUCCUGCUGGCUGUCUCUUCCGCUAAUGCCCUCACGACGGCCGUCAACCUCGGCACCGCCGCAGGCUAUACCCUCCUCGCCAAGACCGCUGUCACCAAUGUCGCCACCUCUACUUCGUCCAUCGUCGGUGAUGUGGGUCUGAGCCCCGCUGCUCUGUCCUUGGUCUCAGGCUUCCCCGAUCUCACGCUGGAUGCGAGCGGAAAGUUCGCUCGGACACGCCAGGUAUCAGGCGUAGUCACUGCCGCCGACACCGAUGGAGAUGUAUUGACCACCGCGGUCAGCGACAUGGAAGCCGCUUACACUUCCGCUUCUCCCGAUGGGCGGGCAUCCGAGUUCAAUGAAGAAGGAGGCGGCGCCAUCGGCGGUCUCGUCCUCCUACCCGGUGUCCACAGGUGGACCACAGCCGUCACCAUUGGCGGCACCCUUACCCUCUCUGGCACGUGUACCGAUGUCUUUGUAUUACAGAUCGCUGGCACCCUUACCCAGAGCGUAAACACUCAAAUCGUUCUGGUUGGCGGUGUCCGUCCCUCUCAGGUCUUCUGGGCGGUCGCAGGCGCCACCACUAUUCAGACCGGCGCUCGCUUCCAGGGUAUCAUCCUCGACAAGACCGCUGUCACCCUUCAGGUCGGUGCCCAAGUCAUUGGUCGUAUCCUCGCCCAAAGCGCCAUCAACCUCGAUCAGAGCGGGGUACAGGAGCCAACGGACUCGGGAUGUGGAACCACCGUGACCAUCACUCAGACUGCGUCCACCGUGACACUCUCUGGGUCAACAGUCACAAUCCCUACCACGAUCAACGGCACUCCUACUACUGUCUUCACCACCCUCCCUGGCUCGGUCGUCCCGGCAUCAACCAUCACCCUUACCGGCUCGACCGUCACACAGAUCACCACCGUCAUCAGCGGCGUGCCCACAACAGUCGUAACCACCAUCCCGGCCGUCACAGUUGUCACCACUGCCCCCAUCCAGACAGUCGUCGUCACCGCCCCGGUAGUCAUCGAGACUGUCACCAGCACACGGCCUGCGGUGACCGAGACCAUCAUCUCGACCAUCGCCGGCGUACCUAGCACCUUCACAUCUGUCGUACCCGCGACCACCGUCACCGAGCUCGUCACCCGCCCUGCUCUCGUCACUACCCUUGUUGUCACUGAGACCGGCAGUGUCGUCACCCUCCCCGCCAUUACCCAAGUGGUCACCCAAAUUUCAACAGUUGUGGAGCAGGGUACGACCGUCACCCAGACUGAGCUGGUCACUUCGACCAUCCCCGGAACCAACGCACCUACGACCGUCACCGAGACGACAGUGGUCCCCACCGUCUCGACGCUCACUCAGCCCGGCGGAACGACUGUCGUCACCAUCACCGAGACUGCGGAGCAGGCGGCCACCUCUACUAUCACGCAACCCGGUUCCACCAUCACCGAGGUUCAGUCCACUGUCGUGACAGAGACACAGCUCGUCACCCAGACCGUCAGCGGCAGUACUACCGUUGUGACUUCCCUCGUCCCCACCACUAGGUUCAUCACCACCACACGAGUUCAGCCCGGCGCCACGGUCAUCACCACAGUCAACAGGCCGGUCCCGACCACACGGACCGUCACUCAGACCCUCUCCGCUGGUAUAUCACUCACAACCAUUAUGGUUCCCACUACUGUCACUCGGACCAUCGGUGGGACCGACGCCGGCGCUCAAGUCACCACAGCUACCGUCAUCCGUACGGUCGUUCAAGGCGGCGUCACCGUCACCACUGGUGUUCCCGUCACUCAGACGCUCAGCGGCAUGGUCGUAACUGUCACCGCGCGGCCCACUCCCGGUGGCGAUAUCGCUGCUGGAGAGGGUAACGGUCAGGGCGCAGGCCAGGGCGCCGGACAGGGUGCUGGUCAGGGUGCUGGUCAAGGUGCUGGACAGGGCGCUGGACAGGGAGCAGGGCAAGGUGCGGGCCAGGGUGCCGGACAAGGUGCCGGUCAAGGUGCAGGCGCCGGCACGGCAACAGCUACCGGUGCAGGCGGAGGCGGUGGUGAGGGCCAAGGUACUGGCGGUGGUGGAUCCUUUACCCAGACGGUCACCGAGACAGCAUACGUCACGAUCUACGCCAGCGGCUACUCGUGCAUGGGAUCUGCGACUGCUUCCGCAUCUGGCCCCGGCUCCGCCGCAGCCUCAGCAGCCCCUACCACCAUGACCACCAGCACUCGCCCGAACGCCUCCCAAAUCGCCGCUUCCUCCACCGCGGCCUGCAUCGAGUCCGCCUCGAAAUCCGCGAUGGGACUGUGCAUGAUGUCCGCCAUGGCGGCCGCUCCCUCCAUCUGCGCCGCACCUCAAUCGUCCGGCCUCGGCUCCGCGAGCGUGUCCGCGCAGAACAGCACGCAAAUCGGGCGCCGCGUCGAGACUAGGGCGGAGCUGGUUGCUGUGGGGAUCGGCGCUGGUGACUUUGGUGAUGCUGCGUUAAGGCAGCGGUUGGACGCCUUGCCCGCUUGUUUCUUGGUCAAGUCGGAUAACUACUAUGUGACUGGAUUUUACCAGGGAUAA